AGCAUUUUGGCUCCAACUAGUCAGGCUUCCAGAGACGAAUUAUUGCGCGAGCUCCGCCCAGCGGACAACGCGGUUACGCAGUUACGUCAUGGCCCAAUCACCGCGCGGAGGCCGUGCAGCGGCGCGGGCGGACUCUCCGAAUAUUACGGGUUGUCAGCAGCAGGGCGACGCGAAGAAUUGACCGAUCUUCGCCCAGCGAAACCAGCACCGCAACAGUCGGGGCGAGCAGGUCUUUGGCAGCGUGGAGUGCAGGCUCAACCUCGCCCACGCUAGCCUACUCGCAACUCCGAAAUUAUCCGAAGAAGGCCUUCCUCCAACGCAGUGUCGUGGGUUUGGGCUUCAGCGACAAGGAGAGCGCCAUGCAAUCUUGCCCGGCCGCCUCAAGUCGAACGCGAGCCAGAAGCCGCGCGGCGAGAUUGAGAGGGCGCAGGCAGUGCUACAUCUCGAGCACCAGAUCGAUAAGGUAAAGAAGGCGCUCGAUGCUGCAUCAGGACUAGAGAGCAUCUUUACCGAUCGCUCCAGGCACCCCCGCGGCCCGUUCCCAUGGGAACGCGAGUGCGAGCGCAAGCAGCCCGACGAGAUCGGCGACUACUACACCAAGUGGACCAAGGGCACGAAGGGGAUGGGCUACGACGUCGUGGAGCCGCAGACCACGCAGAGGCCGCUCCGCCAGAACACGACGCACAGCAACUUCCAGCCGCGCGCGCCGCGCGACAAGCCGAGCGAGCCCACCAAGUGGUGGCAGACCGGGUACUACCAGGUCAGAGCGAGAGCGGAGACAUCCGCACAAGGUGCAAGUCUGCGGCGGCCGCGGCAGGAUCGGGCUUUGGGGUGGACUGGAUUUGAGGCCUGCAGGCAGAUGCGCAUCGGCCAGAGUGAGAGCUGGCACUACAGAUCCAACUCAGAGUUCUGCGGGGGUACUACGAUCGCAGGGACACUCUUUGUCGUAUCCAGACCAGGGCCUACCAGAAGUUCGACGUCUAGUACUGAGAGUGGCUCUGCCCCUUAGUCUGUUACUUCUCCUGCCGUCCAGUGAGACGGCCACGACAUUGCAUGUUCACGC